AUGGCGGAUUCGGACGGCCUUCCUGGCGACGAUGAGAGCGACGAUGCCCAAGCAGAAAGUUGCAUCGGUGCCAUCAUCGCGAAUGCGACAGACGAGGUGGUCCGGAGUUCCUCAUCCGGAGCGGGUCCCCGCGCUGAGAAUGUUUCGAUGGCUUCGUCGAGCCGCGCCACACAGCAGCGAGUCUCAGUGACUAUCGGAAAGUCCAUGGAGCCGCGCCCGGAAAUCACCCUGGCGCUCACGGCGUCCCGGCGGUCGGAGGAGCUCCGCGACUACGUCAAGAGCCAGGACUUCUGGCGAGUGCCACACUUCUUCCGGGAUCUACAGGCAGACUUCGCUGAGGAGGAGGACCCAAUAGGCUUAGGCUUUGUAUGGAGAGUCUAA